ACUUGUACGAGUAACAUCUCGUUAGAUGUUGCAGCAAGUUUACAAGUUUUUUUCUUAUUUAGUUUUUUGUAUCAUGGAAUGACAUUUGUUAGCGACAGUGACAUUUAUUUUACCGUAAAAUUUUGCGCGGGGAGAUUAUUUGCUUGUUUAAAUUGGUAGCAUAAUUCGAAAUUUACGUUAAAUAUCAUACGUAAUUUUUCAAUUUUCGGAAUUAGCUUGGAAAUCUUGCGGUUUAAAAUACAUCGAAUUUACCGUUGUUACGGAAAAAAGUAAAUAAAAGACAAAAGAUGUGGCAACAACAACCAACUCAAAAAUUUGAUAACUUAGAUAAAUGCUGCAUGGAAUCUGGAACUAGUGAUUCUGGUUUUCUCUCCUGCAGCAACUCUGCCCUCAAUAGUUGCACUUCUGAAUUUGACUCAAAUUCCAUGGAUUGUUCAUCAGUUAUGAAGAACUCCAAAAAUGAAAUGGAUUUUAAUAUUAAUGAUAGUUUUAAUCAAUUGUCACUUGAUGUAGUGCCUUUGAAUCCUCUUCAGUCUACCAAAGGAUGCUUAGAAACCAAAUCAGAAUCAGAUUCUGGAAUAAUAUCCUUGAAUACAAGUUCAGGACACAAUGGUGAUGAUCAAGAACCUUGGCAAUUGUACUACACUCAAAAUGAGGAUGGAGAUACACUUUUACAUGUAGCAAUUAUUCAGGGCUUCAUAGAGGCUUCAUUGAGUUUAAUCAGCAUAUCUCCUCACCCAUGCCUCUUGGAUAUCUUAAAUGAUGAUAUACAAACAGCCCUACAUCUUGCAGUAAUGACUAAUCAACCAGAAAUUGUAAGAAAACUUGUUCUUGCUGGAGCAGAUAUCUCCAUCAGAAAUCAUCAGGGUAAUACUGCUCUUCACUUAGCAUGUAUUUCUGGAGACUUGGCAUGUACCAAAGCUUUGACUGAGCCGUAUGCAGAAAACAAAAGGAACUUUUCAUCAAAGAAACUGUCUUUACCUCAAAUUUUGGAGCUGAGAAACUACAAUGGACAAACGUGUGUCCACAUCGCUGCAUCCAAGGACCAAUUGCAUCUAGUCAGAAUUUUGAUCGACGCCGGUGCAGAUCUCGAGGCUCAAGAAUACUUGGCCGGUCGCACAGCCUUGCAUCUCGCCUUGGAGUACGGUUGCGGGAAUGUCGUCUCGUUCCUCAUCCGCGAGUGCAGAUUAAGCUUCGAUGCCGUCACUUAUGCCGGUUACACAGCCUACGACAUUGCCAGUUGCAUCGACGAGAGUCUAGCGAAGGAAUUGGUCAGGUAUGGCGCUAUACCGUCGCAGCACGUCACUCGGGAGAGCCAAGAGUAUGGCCAGACGAUGGCGCCGAUUUUCGCGACCGCCUGCGGCGUUUAACGUCGAUCCAACUUUUGUUAUAGAUACACAAUGUGCUUACUCGGCCAGAUAGCUGCCCCCGCGCGCGUUAUUGAUUUGUUUUUCCCGUUUCGCGGACCUCUCGAGAUUUUAUGUAGUAUUUACUUAGAUCGCGAAAGAUAAGCUUUGGAUUUUUCAAUCGAAAAUCAAAUUGUGUGCAUGCGUGCGUGCGACAAUAUAGUUUUAGACCAAGUUGACUAAUGUUUACAAAUCUCGUUGCGUAUGCAAAUGAAAUCGGUCGCGAAAGAUUUACAUUUUGCGCGCGAGCUUGCAAGACUCACUCGCUUAACAGGCUUCGAAGAGGUGAACGUGUGCGCAAUGUUUAUUGUCUAAUUAGCAUUAUACGUUUAGUAAAUAAUAAAUUUUUAAGUUUAACGCUAAACUAUUCCAAAGUCCACGUGGCUUUCGGCAACAAUUACUGAAUUUUUCUUUUGGUCGCCUUACGAGCGUUGGAAAAGAUACCGCAUUAUAACGGAUCAUUAUUGAAAACGUGGUGAAACCCCUUUGGUGAAUGAGCGCAUGUAGUCCUUAUAAAAUAUGUUCGUUUCAAGGCACACGUAUAUAGAUAUGUCGAAUUUGCGUGCUUUUUUUUCUGCCUCUAUCCGCAUUAAAGCCGGACCUAGUCUACGUCAUAAUUAUUUAUAAGCAUCGUAGAAAACGUUCAAAGAGAUACAUGAUGACUCUCGUAACGCUCUCGCCAUUAUUCCAUUGCUAUUAGAAUGACUGUUGUAUGAAAAUAUUACAAUAUUUACAUUGAUAAUUCGUUUUAUAAAUCCUUAAGACCAAUUGGCUAAUGCGUAUUUAUGAUCGUAUUUGUAAAAAUAAAUUUAUUUAUCUGUCGUUCGAGCCUAAAGAAGAAGUCCAUGAUUAUCUAUUACACACAUUCGAAAAAUUCGUUUUCUCUUAUAUUGCGCAUGGUACUUGAGCGAAUAAAUGUGCGAACGUAACGUAUUUAGUCAUUAAAAGUAUCGGUACCAGAGCGAAAACAUACCAUAGGUAGCUAUUUACAGUGUGCGUAUAAUAGAUAGAUUGUUUACCUUAGCAGUACUCUUCUUGAUGAAUAUUAUUAUCAUUUAACAAGGAUAAUAUUCAUUAACAGGAUUAGGUUAUACAAUAUUUUGAACGAGAAGCAUAAUAUUCUUCAGUUUCUCAUACAGUGGACUAAAAAUAAAUACUGACACCUAACACAUUUUCAUUUUAAGAGUUUUGAUGAGAAAAAAUGAUAAAAUCAUAACAAGAAACCAGCGACAGUGGCUUAAUUGGUAUACUGUAUUUAGAGAAAAACUCUGUAACCGUUUAUAAUUUAUGUCUUUACAACAGUCUGACUCGAAUAUGUUAACUAUUUUGGAGUAUGGCUUCAUCAUGAAAGUCCAAAUGUAAAAUAGCUUUAAUCAUGUCUAUAUAAACAAAGUACUGAAUAAUAUUUAGUCAAUUUUAUUUUAAAAACGACUGUACAUAUAUGUAAAUACGAUUUUUUUUAUGCUAGCCAUUAUAACUAUAGUGAAUAUUGCAGUAACAAGAAUAUGGAUUUAUUAAAAAACUGUGAAAUAAAUUUUUGAA